AUGGCUCACCUCCACAAGGCUGACGGAAACUUCAGCGGUCUGACUAUUGUUGCAAGUCAGAAUGAGACCUCCUCAGAUGACAGCUUGUUGCCAGACUUCUUCAUCCAGGUGAACCUGUCCAAAACUCUCCUGAAUCUGAGCUCCAGUGAGACCAGGAAUAUUGUCUUCUGCUUGAUCAAUGCACCAGAUCUGUACAAGGGACUGCGAGAUCCUGUCAACAUCACCUUCUUCGUGAUGGACAAUUCAAUACCUCAGGUGAACCGUACGAUUUCAGAGACGGAUCUGAAGAUCCUGACCUACAUCUCUCUGAUUGGCUGCAGCGUCUCCUUGUUCUUCCUGCUCGUCACGCUGCUCCAGUACCUCACUCACAGGAAAACGGCAGUAGACGUCUCCCUGAAGGUUCACAUGAACUUGGCUUUGGCCCUCGUGCUGCUCAACGUGCAUUUUCUGCCCAACCCGAAGGUGGCAGAGUUGCACAUCCCUGGGGCUUGCAAGUACCUGGCCAUCAUGCUCCACUAUGCCCUUCUCACCACCUUCACCUGGAUGGCCAUCGAGGGCUUCCACCUCUACCUGCUGCUGGUCCGCGUCUUCAACAUCUAUAUCAGCAGAUACCUGCUCAAGCUGGGACUGGUGGGCUGGGGUGGCCCCGCCAUUGUUGUGGCCAUCAUUGCCAUCAUUAACACAGACUUUUAUGGGCGUGUGACCAUUCAAACCUCUGGGGAAAACAACACAAAUGUCACCAUAUGUUACGUGAAAGACAGCAUAAACAUUGUCAAUGACGCUUUCUUUGGCCUCACGUGGGUGUUCAACCUGGCCAUACUGGGGCUGAUCUGCAAGCUGAUGGUGUCUCUGCGGACCAAGCAUGCGGAGGUACACACACCCGGCGGAAGGAGCACCUGGAAGGAUGUCUGCACCGUGCUGAGCAUGUCCUGCCUGCUGGGUGUCACCUGGGGCCUGGUUUUCUUCGCCUUUGGAAACCUGCCCACCCCUGCCCUCUACCUGUUCUGCAUCCUCAACUCACUGCAAGGCUUUUUCAUCUUCCUGUGGAUCUACAUGUCGAAGCGCCAGGCCAUGGCGCAUCCCUCCCCCAGCCAGACACAGAGCAGCAAAUCAGACACGCACAAUAACUAGACAGGCCUGCCGCCCGCUGCGCCAAGUGUACCGCCUUCCACAAUGUCACUGAGCUCUGAGACAGAGGCGUGCGGAUCACGGGUCUUCCAGCUGUCGAUUC